GGGGGGUUUCAGCCAUUUUUGUCUCAAAGACGUUUCCAGGUGCCGCGCCGGAGGCUGGAGCAUCUUUAAACGUCUGGCGUGAAGAAUCAGGCAGCUGUGCAUGUGUUAAGGAAGACAAGGGGAACUCGAGGAGGAUUUGUUUAUCCAGGAGACUGGAAGUGAUGCAUUCUAAUUAGUCUCUGAUGUCAGGGGGAAGGGAGCUUUUAGAAAACAAGCUUUCUGAUUAAAAUUCAGCCUGUCAGAGGACUGAUAAGAGUGGCUGCCACUAUGAUUACUACCUUGCUUUGCAACAUGAUAUUUCUGCUGGCAUUUGGAUUGGCUUCAGCUUUUAGUCACAGCCCCAGGACACCUGACAGGGUUACUGAAGCAGAUAUUCAGAGGCUCCUCCAUGGGGUUAUGGAGCAAUUGGGCAUUGCCAGACCCCGGGUAGAAUACCCAGCACACCAAGCUACGAAUCUUGUUGGUCCACAGAGCAUUGAAGGUGGUGCACACGAGGGUCUCCAGCACCUGGGUCCUUAUGGCAAUAUCCCAAACAUCGUGGCUGAGCUGACAGGAGAUAACGUACCAAAGGAUUUCAGUGAAGAUCAAGGAUAUCCUGACCCUCCAAAUCCCUGCCCUAUUGGAAAAACAGUUGAUGACGGGUGUCUAGAAAACACCCCAGACACAGCAGAGUUCAGCAGGGAAUACCAACUGCACCAACACCUUUUUGAUCCAGAGCAUGACUAUCCCAACAGGGGCAAGUGGAGCAAGAGUUUACUCUUUGAGAAAAUCAAUGGUGGUCCAAAAAGAAGAAAGCGGAAUGUGAACCCAUAUCUGCAAGGACAGCGACUGGAUAAUGUUGUAGCAAAGAAGUCUGUUCCACAAUUUUCAGAUGAAGACAAAGAUCCUAAAUAAGUAGAAUAAAAAUGAAAGACAAAAACUCAUGCCAUCCUCUUCUAGAUCAUGAUAUUGCUUAUAUAUAAUCAUCUAUUAAAAUCCUUGUGAAUGGCAGCAUGCAUAUUAUUUAUAUAAUUGUAGAUGAAAAACAGCUGUAUUUAUAACAGCAUGUUCUCCUAGAUGAUAAAAGUAUGGUUUUGCUUUUUGUUAAGUUAUGGUAAAAGGAUAUUUCUGUUGUUUUUAUUUUAGUCAUGGAGCAAACUUUAAAAAUGUUAGUCAUUUUGAUAGCUAAUGUGAGGUAAAUGGUCUUAAUGAGAAGCUUGUAAAUAGGAAGAUGAAAAAAAUGCCAAGUCUGACUCCAACAUUUAAUCUUAAAUGUUACUGUGUUUGACACAUGAAAAUUAUAGUUUUAUGUUUUGUUCACAAAUAUUGUUACUUAGCAAAGACAAAGUAUUUAUUUUACGCAGAGAAUUUUGGCUUUUGGUCCAUUUCAAUAAACAUUUAAGCAAUCUACAAGGUUUGCAAAGUGACAUUUUCCAAAAUAGUUCAGAGACUCAUUUGUCUCUGUUAUUGCUGUGCAAAUUUAAAAAUUAAAGAACUGCUUUUUGACUGUGUUCACUGGAAUAUUUUUCUGUUAGUUUUAAUCAUUCCAGGCUCACAGUUUCCCUGAACACUCGAACAUAUUCCUUCCUUAUCAAUAGAACUGUUAUGUGAAAAUUAAUCUCCCCUGCUGUUCUUUGUCUUAUUAACUGCAGCAUUUGUGCAUAAUAGUGUUGUUAAAUUAUAAGUAAA